AUGCAACUCAGCCAUCUCACCAGCCUAUUCGCUGUAGCAGCAUCUGCCGCAGCGCAGACUGUCCUACCGCCAAAAACAGAGCCAACCGCUCCUGGGUCGGUAUGGCUAUACACCGCAUUUGUGGAUUGCGAACCCACGCUCUUUGAAAUGCAAACUCCAAAGGGCAUUCGAAAAGCAAUUCCUAUCAUCGGCGGCAACUUCACAGGCCCUCAUCUCUCCGGAAAAGUCCUCGAUCUCGGAGCAGAUUGGGGUCUUACAGAUCCUCAGACAGGGCUCUUCUCUGCGGAUACAAGAUAUAAUCUCCAAACGUACGAUGGCGCGAAUCUCUUUUUGCAGACGAUUGGGAAUAAGAAUCCUGAUGGAACUUCACACCUGCGAGUCAUCAUUGAGACUGGUGACCCGAAGUAUUACUGGUUAAACAACCUCGUCGCGUUCGGGCUUUUGCAGAGAGUAUCUACAAGCGAGACGUAUUUUACGCUGAGGAUUGAUGUGUGGCAUCUCGAAGGACCAAGUUACAAUGGAACCUUUUUAAAUGGCACGACUUAUGGAAUCUGA